AUGGUCGGCAUACCCCACUUGACACCGGCUGAGGUGGAUGAGUUUGUUGCCCAUUUCGACCUGGACGGCGAUGGAUGCAUAACAUACGACGAACUUCAGCAGAAGCUGGAGUCCAGCUACGACACUCUCCAACCGGAGACGAACCAUAACCAACCACACCUCGACGCUCGGAGGAAUGUCCAACGCGACCUGUUACGUUCCAUCAUGGGCGGCGAGUCCCAUCGUAUCCCUGUCGACGAGUUCAAAAAGAUCGUCGCAAACUGGGAAAUACCCUCCCUCGUGCCAGACAGGCUUGCAGCACAGGUGGAAGAUGAUUACCUGAAGCGCGUAGGAUGGGGUCGACGACUGCGUGCCAUGUGGAAGGUCAACGGUCUCAACUACAUCUUCUCCAUGAUCGUCAUCUCUUUACAGAUCGGCCUGGGCGUCUGGGAAUGCGUCAAAUUCAGCACGAGUCCCAAGUAUCAAUCCGCGUUCGGAUGGGGAGUCGGUCUAGGUAAGGCUUGUGCCGGAGCUCUCUAUCCGACGAUAUUUUUCAUGCUGCUCAGCAUGUCUCGAUGGGCUUCAGCGUGGAUGCGCCGUUCCCGCUACCUCUGCCGGGUGGUGAAUUGGGACGUGUCGCAGUCCUUUCAUAUCAAAAUGGCCGUCACGGCUAUUGGUCUGGGCACACUACACGCCAUUGGACACAUGGCCGGAACGUUCGUCUAUGGAAGCAAACCAGAUCGACAGCCUGCUGUUGCAGCCGCGAUAGGCGCAAAUUUCGUCCCGAUGACAUAUUCCAAUUAUCUAAGAUUGGUCCCAGGCUGGACCGGUCUCGCCGCACUUGGCCUUUUCUACAUCAUGGCGCUGAUGAGUAUGCCCUUUGUACGCAAGCGGUCCUACGAACUUUUCCAAUUCAGCCACUUGUUGAUGUACCCCAUUAUGGGCCUGCUGAUCGCGCACGGCACUUCUGCACUUUUGAACGCCCCUGCGCUUGGCUUCCUCAUCAUACUACCCACCACUCUCAUCUUCUUCGAACGGCUCGUGCGAACAUUCCAGGGUCUCCAAAAGAUACCCGCAAGUCUCAAGAUCCUAGACCAUGAGGCGGUGGUCGUCACGAUCGAAAUGCCGAAGCUGCGGUUCUGGCGGUAUGACGCAGGACAAUACGUGUUCCUGCAAGUCCCAAGGAUAUCCUUCUGGCAAUGGCAUCCUUUCACCAUCACCAGCUGCGUCGGCCGCAAGUUGACGCUGCACAUCAAAACAGACGGGAAUUGGACAAGCCAACUUCGUGGAAUUGGCGAGAGCCUGGAUUUUGUCGGCAUCGACGGACCAUUCGGAGCGCCAGCCCAACGCUUCUACGAAUUCGACCAGAGCAUCAUCGUCGGCGCAGGGAUCGGCAUCACGCCCUUUGCCGGGAUCCUCAACGACAUCCAAAACCGCGAACGAGCUCACUGGAAAAACACUCGCCGGAAGGCAUCGCGGGCAGGAAGUCCCAGCUCCCACCGCGAAGCGAAAAACAACCCCACAACCUCCCGCCAGCCCAGCAUCACUCCACUCGCCAGCAGCCCCAGCGACAACCCAGACGCCUGGCAAUCCUACGCCCUCGACACCUACCGGCGCGUCGACUUCCACUGGAUCGUGCGCGACCAAUCCCACCUGCACUGGUUCGCCUCCUUACUCAACCGCAUCUCCUCUGCCCCCGGCGACGCAUCCUCCUCCUGCUCCUCCCACCUCGACAUCCGCCUCAACUACCACCUCACCACCAAACGAAAGGACCUCCCCACGCACGUCUUCCACGCGCUCCUCGAGAAGACCCACCGCACCACCCCGCUGCACCCGCUCUCGCCCCUGACAGGCCUCAUCGCCCCGACGCAUUUCGGCCGACCGGACUUCGAAAUCAUCCUCAACGACCACUACGCCGAGAUGAUGGCGUUGUUCGCACGCGACCCGAAGAGGAAGAGGAGGGUCGGCGUGUUCUUCUGUGGAGCCCCGAUCCUGGGACGCAUCCUCGUCGAUCUGUGUCAUCAGAUGACGCUGAGGGGGCGCGAGGAUGGGAGUCUCGUGGAGUAUCAUUCGCUCGUUGAGGUUUUCAAUUAG